UCUGGGCUGUAAAAACGAUCUUUCAAUAGAAAAAAAGUGUUCGUGUGUCCCUUCCUGUGCGGACGCCUUCCCGGCCGCAGUCUUCCGUCUCUGUGACUUUGGGACUCAAGUGCGGACGCCUUCCUGUCCGCAGUCUUCCGCCUGUGACUUUGGGGACUCCGUUGCGGUGUGAGGCACAGCCGCCUCUUCCUUCUUUUUUCUCAAAGUCUCAAUAUCAACAGCACUGCACCUUCCGCCGGCCCCGUUUGUCGUUUGGAUUUUUGAACGAGAAGGAGCCACAGGCAACAGGCCGAGCAAGGCAACGCGUACACACACUCUUCAUUUGGCCAACCGAACCGCACGACACGGGGUUCAUCGAUUGUGAUUCAGAACAGAUUCAUGCAACGGGGCGAAGUGGCAGUAGCAAGUGCCUACGAGACGCCCAGCAGCCACUUCGACGACAAGGAGUUCACAGACAUGCCUGAGCAUCGGUGGCCACCCCCGCCUCCUCCUCGUGCGGUGCUCACACCGCCGAGUCCGCCAUCCGACGACCAAGAAAGGCAUCACCAGUAUCGCCACUCAGGAGUCCAUCGGCACAACAACAAGAACAACAAGUUUAGAAAGCACAAUCAGCCUUGCCUCAGGUUUGUGUCGGGGUAUGGCUGCUCCUUUGGGGACAAUUGCCGCUACUCACACGAUCUCGGAGCUUACUACCCCGCCUACUACGAGACUACACGUUACGACGACCCUAUUUGGUCUGGUGUAUACGCUAUGCCUCGACAAAUGCAUCAAAACUACCCGCAGCGACAGCAUCCACGUCCUGUGAAUCCUCCUCCGAUGCCUAAACGUGAUCCAGCUCGACCUUCCUCGCUGUUCGACUUGCCUCCGCAACGACAACGAGCUUCCUCGUUUGCAAACCACUUCAAGUCGCAGGACAACCAGUCCGAUGAAGCUCCUGCUUUGCCUGGUGGGAAACUGUUGUUUAAGGAUGCUGUCCUCAAGCAAAGCACGGUAAAGCCAUCCGAACGUAAGCAGCACGUAUCUACAACUUCUAAAGUUACUGAGGAGAGUGGAUGCAACGACGAGCACAGGUAUUCCGAUGAAGAGACGAUGACGCCAGAAAACGAGGAAGCUGACUCCAAACUUCAGACACCAAUGUCGCAACAGAAUCAGCGUCGCAAGAAGAAUAUGCGCCUGCGUAAGUGUGCAUCAGGUGGCACAAUGUCGAACCGCGAUUCAGCGGAAUUUUAUCUCAAUCGGAACUAUUUAUUGAAUCAAGCCGACCGUGACGCAGAUCUUAUACGUGCAGAACAGCAGCUUCUGCUACGAGAGCAGCAGUACUACCGGCACCCUGUGAGUGCAGCGCAGCAGCUGCAUUCAAUGAGUCCGUCGUACACCCGAUAUCUAGCAGAGGAGCAAUUUCACAGCAAUCUCAGCAGACAAGCGGAAGCGUUUGUCGAUUAUGUUGACACGACGCUGGCCUUGAUGGAAACGCAUCAACAGCAGGCUAUUGAUUCCUUACAGGAGCUGGUGCGCUCCUUGUGGCCUGAUGCUUUGAUCGACAUUUACGGAUCAAGCUAUACACAGCUUGCAUUGCCAGUCAGCGACAUCGACUGCGUGCUGGUUGCGCGUUCGUUGGCAGGAGAGCGACCGUUGGUGAUUUUAGAGGCACUGGCGGCUGAGGUUGAGCGUCAGCCAUGGACGAAGAAACUCGAGCUGCUUGGAAGUGCUAAAAUCCCCGUUCUCAAGAUGACGUACUCUCUCAAUCCAACAGAACAAGACGUGCUGCUUGACCUUACAUGCGGUCAUUCUGUUGGCCACACUGGACUGGGCGCCCGAGACCUUAUUUAUUCGCUGCAAACAGAGAUGCCAGCGUUGCGCCCUCUGGUGUUGAUUUUGAAAAGCCACCUCGUCAACAACAGUAGGUGAAGGUACCGUAUAUCGUGCUUACUUGUCAGCACUAACUCGUGUCUUGCAACUGUUGUGGGCUGUAGACUUGAACUGCGCAUUUACGGGUGGAAUCUCGUCAUACGUCCUGGUGAUUUUGGUAGUUCGCUUUUUGCAGGUAUGGCCAAUGAAUCUGCAAACGAUCAUAAUCAAUUUUGUACGAAUGCUACUCACUGGUUUGCUGUCGAUAGGCAUGUGGCGACACCCACGUGAGAUCGUUUGCGAGCAAUACUGGCGGCAAAGUCCGCGGUGGAAAUCGCAGAAGAAGCUACUCGGAGAACGCAUCAGUGUCUGAUUUUCCAGAAGAGCUGGCCUACGUCUCGAGUCUCAGCGAUGCUGUAGUGCAACCAAAGUGGUGCUAUACGUUUUCGCGUGGUGGACGCGUGACAUGGUACACUGGGAUCGGCAGUCUCUUGACGCUCUUUUUGGAAACGUACAUCACGUUUGACUACCGACGAUUCGGCAUCUCCAUCGAAAACGAAGGGUUCGUAAGCACAGUCCAUUGAGUGUGAUUAUUACGAAAAUUAUAACGUGUUCUGAACUGCUGGCUGCUUGCAGAGAUUUUUUCCUGCUCCCACUGGAUAAAAUAGUCCCCAUGCAAUGCUCGGUUGUCAUCCCGUACGUCGCGGACCCGAUUAAGCCUGGACGAAGCAUUUGCAACUGCUUUCGCAUGCACGAGGUGAGGCAAUGCGCGUGUGUUCACAUCUAUAGCUUUGAGUCAGGCGCUUAAUUUGUGUGUUGUUGCCAGGUAAUCCAAUCGUGGCUAGCGUUGUAUCAAAACCUGGCAGCUGGAGUCCCAGUGGUAACGUGUAUUGGAGCAUCCCUGAGUCGUUGAACUCAAUCUCAGAUGAUGAGCCAACGCGUUAAAUUGCCAACUCUUGUCGGUGAAAGUGGAGGACGGCAGUGGGGCAGAUGCAGCAUGUAUGUGUCCCUGUACCCGUGCCUUCAUCUUCGUGCAGCAAGGCCGUCUCCUCCAAGAUCACCGCUGCCACACUUCAGUUUUGGUUGUGCUUCCGAAGUAAAUCUCCGCGUCUUGGUGAUGUCGACAGUGUUGUAGUGCUUCAGUGGAAUCCAAAUCCGCGCUUUUUGAGCCCAUACGCGUCUGCAUGGCGAGGAUACUCAACAGUAACUCAUAAAUACAAGACGCAGGCGCAAAAAGUGGCACUUGUUUCCAUAGCACUGCUACGAUAGCUGCAGUGUACGAGUUGGCCAAAUACAACAUGGAGCUAACGGUGCCUAAAACUCUAGGGGGCGCACGCUCAUGAACUCAGACACCAGGUCGUCAGUGAUGGCGGCACGACGCUUCUGGAAGUCCAGCGUGUACUCGGCCAUGACAUCGAUCAGCUUCUGCUUCACCUCGCCCGACAUCAUGCGGCCGGCGCCGUACUCCCGACCAAUGCGUUCAAGCUCCUCGUCGUCCUCAAGCAUAAACGACAGGUACUGGUACGGAAUAUCGGCCUCCAAGUUGGCGCCGUACUUCUCGUGGUCGGCCUUGGUCUCACCUCCGCCGCUGUAAGUAAAGUAAAUAAACGCCAAGGCAGUUAGAUACCUGCACAUCAACACACGAAGAGAUAAAAAGUGACCCAUAGCUUACCUGAAGGCGUACUUCUUGAUCUUGUUGGCAAUGUCUUCCGGCGAGUCCGAGAUGUAGAUGGUGGUGCUGGCCUUACUGGCGCUCAUCUUGGUGGUGCUACCCUGUAGUGCCGGGAAAAACUUGGAGUGCAUGGAAGCAGGCUUGAGGUAGCCAAUGCGCGGCGCCACAUCACGCGUCAUGCGGAAGUAUGGGUCCUGGUCAAUGGCGUGAGGAAUCAGGCAACGCAGACCCUUGCGUCCACCAAGCACCACGGGGAACGUCUCCGAGAAAGAAGGCACGGCUUGGACAGCUGGGAAGGCCGACUUGCCGAUGUUGUCGGAUCCAGUGAAGCCGAAGAUGCCGCGCACCUGGUUGUACGUGACGCACUUCUGCACCUUGAGGAUCUGAGGGUACAUCUCCUUGAUGUAGUCCGUGUUGGCGAAGAUGAAGGUCUUCUUAACGUCAAAACCACAGGCAAUGAUGUCCUUGGCGUUCUCCCAGGCCAUCACCUCGCUCUCCUCGAGUGUCUGGUCCUUGAACAGAAACUUUUCAUCGUUUGUCAGCUGAAUAACGAGAGGAACGUCGAACACCUUCUGCAACCAGGCCGUGAAGGUGAAUGGGAUCAAGUGACCCAUGUGCAGACUGCCCGACGACGGGCCACGGCCAGUGUACAGGAAAAACUUCUCGCCCUUCUCAUAGGCAUCCAGGAUCACGUCCAGAUCACGGUGCGAAAAGAAGUAGCCGCGACGCAAGUAGCGGUGGGCCUUGUGGCCAGUGAGUCGCUCCAUCCUCUCGACCAUCUCGGGCGGGAUCUUAGUGCUACCGAACUGCUCCACGAGCUUGUCGUAGUCCACACCGUCCUCCGCCUCGACAUCCCACGGGGUCACGACCUGGGCGCCACUGGCCGCGCCCGAGCUCAGCACCUGAUGCUGGAACUCGGCUUGGCGCAGCAGUAGCUCAGCGUCAGACGGAACGGCGGCGCUCUCGGCGGGCUUCGCGCUCUCACUGGGUUUGGCCUGCUUCUGUUUCUGCUUCUGCUUGCCGGCCUUGGAAGAGCCACCCGCGGCCUUCUUGGCCGCCUGCUCGGCCAGCUUCUUCUCCUUCUUGAGCUGGCUUUUGGACUUCUUGGGGGCCUCACCGUCGGCAGGAGCAGCGGACGGAGCAGCCUCCUUCUGCUUCUUGGGUUGCUGUGGAGGUGUAUAGUCAGCACCCGUCAGCGUCUUAAACUCGGCCUUGAGCGCCAACAGCUCCUGAACUUUGGCAGUAAUCGCCUCGGCGUUAGCCGCAUCCUUGGCCGCCUUGAGCUCGCGGAUGGCGUUGCCAGUGGCCACAAUCUUGUCCGUCAACGCCUGCGCCUCCAUAGUAAUGUGGUGUG